CGCUCCCUCAAUUUUCGUGGGAGAAAGUAGGAAGGGGGAGAGAGAAAGAGAAAGGAGAGAGAGUGAUUUCAGGUCUCUCUGCUCUCUCCGUGGUGGGUACUCAUAUCCACUCCGCUGACUCAAUGGAGCUUUAGCACUAGGGAUAUAAAAUCAAUAUUUAUUGCCCGUACCCCUUUUACUAUUUAAAAUUUGUACAUAGCAUAGGUAGAUAUAGGUCACUUAUUAAAGAAGCGUUAAGGAGAGGUAAAACACGUCUCCAGAGGCGAGCCUUUUUCUUCUUUUUUUUGCCUCACAGGAGGUCCAGUCGAAACUCUCUUCGACUGACUUUCUGUGAGAGAGGAUAUCUAAUUUGAACAUAUCCUACUUUAUAGUCCAGCGUCAAACAACUAAAAAACUAUGGAUAUUCGAGAUUGCCCCUUUCGGAAGAAGCGGAGACCAUGGCGCUUGGACUUUUCCUCUUUUGCCUUGGUAACCCUGGUGCUCGCGCUGUGCCAACUACCCGUGGCUCGGGCAGAUCCAGUGGAUGUGUUGCGGAUGCUGCAGCUGCCCUCUCUCCCCGAAGGGGUGCGGAAGGUUCCAGGCUUCUGCACCUCCCGCCGUGCCGGCUCCGCUGACCACGCCUACCGCAUCACCAAGAAGGCCCAGAUCUCUGCCCCCACCAAUCAGCUCUUCUCAGGUCGUUUCCCGGAGAACUUCUCCAUUAUGGCCCUGGUCAAGGCCCAUGCGGGCCUCCAGGCCUUCCUGUUGUCCAUCUACAGUGAGCAGGGUGUCCAGCAGCUGGGUGUGGAGCUGGGACGCUCCCCCGUCUUCCUGUACGAGGACCAGACCGGCAAGCCCGCCCCCGAGGACUACCCCCUCUUCAGUGGCGUCAACCUGGCUGACGGCAAGUGGCACCGCAUCGCUAUCUCUGUGUCGAAGAAGAACGUCACCCUGCUCCUGGACUGUAAGAAGCGCAUGACCAGGGCCCUGCCUCGCAGCAACAGCCCCGUGGUGGAUACCAAGGGCAUCACUGUGUUCGGAGCACGCCUGCUGGACGAUGAGGUCUUCCAGGGCGAUAUCCAACAGCUGCUGAUCGCAUCCAACCCUCAGGCUGCUUAUGACUUCUGUGAACACUACAGCCCCGACUGUGACUCCCCUCUACCCAAGACCCAGUCCCAGGACCCCAACACAUACAAGGGUGCCAAUGGCAAUGCUGACAAACGCAAACCCGUGAUAGUUAAGGCUGACAAACCUAUAGUCGUUAAGGCGGACAAACCUGUAGUCGUUAAGGCAGACAAACCUAUAGUCGUUAAGGCGGACAAACCUAUAGUCGUUAAGGCGGCCAAACCUAUCGUCGUUAAGGCGGCCAAACCUAUCGUCGUUAAGGCAGAAAAACCUGUAGUCGUUAAGGCGGACAAACCUAUAGUCGUUAAGGCUCCCAAACCUGUAGUCGUUAAGUCGGCAAAACCUGCCUCAACCAAACCUGCGAAAGCAGAGCAUGCUAAGCUUGAGGCCACAGCCAAACCAGCUAAAGCCGUACCUGCUGCCACCAAGCCCAGCAAAGCCAAGCUUUACCCGGCCAAACCAGCCAAAGCCAAACCUACUGCAAUUGAAGUCCUCCUGAACAAGAUCAAACCCACUAUAGCCACACCAGUGGCCAAGCCCACACCUGCUGGGAAAAAAGGCGAAAAAAAAGUAAAUGCCAAACCUAUAGUUGAGAAGAAAGUAAAUGGUGAGGCCAAAAUCAAUGGCAAUGCCAAACCUAUAGUUGAGAAGAAAGUAAAUGGUAAUUCCAAGGUCAAUGCCAAACCUGUAGUUGAGAAGAAACUAAAUGGUGAGGCCAAAGUUAAUGGAAAUGGUAAAACCCCUGAGGAUAAGAAAGUGAGUGGUAAUGGAAAUGGUAAAACCCCUGAGGAUAAGAAAGUGAGUGGUAAUGGAAAUGGUAAAACCCCUGAGGAUAAGAAAGUGAGUGGUAAUGGAAAUGGUAAAACCCCUGAGGAUAAGAAAGUGAGUGGUAAUGGCAAAAGCGCCAGUGACAAAAAAGCUAAUGGCAAAACCGAAGCAGCAAAACCUGAAACCACUAAAGCCCAGCCCAAAAAAGACGUCGCUAAAGUUAAAGUAGAAAAAACUGUGGUCAGCAAAGUGAAACCAGCAAAAGCAGAAACCAAAGUAGUGGUAGCAAAAACCGAAGUCAAAGUUAAAGUAGUAAAAACCGAGGUCACAAAGGUUAAGGAAGCGAAAACCGAGAUCACUAAAGUCAUACCAAGAGAGUCAGUUGUCAUCAAAGUUCCUCCCUUCCUCAAACCUGCACCGAAGAAAGAGCUGCCAAGCCCAGAACCUGCUUCCCCGAAGCCAGAGAGAACCAAGGUGGUGCUUGAUGUAAAUAACGUCAAAUCGAUGACCCAAAAAAUGCCUCCCUUCGGCAAGACUGCAUACAGUGGCACCGUCGUCCCUGUGCCGGAAAAACCGAAGAAGAAAACGGGCAACGGUUAUCAACAGGAUGUAGAAACUGCAAAUUCUGAGGCUGGCCACACCCCUACAGAGACGGAUUAUUAUUACGAGGAGGCAGUCCUACAGCCAGAGAGUGAGGUGAUUGGACAAGAAGGGACGACUGGCCAGGUGGAGGAGACAUUGGUGGCAGAGGAGGUAGAUUUGGCCAAGGCAGGGGGUGAGGUCGAGGCCUUUACUGAGGAGUAUGUGACUGGAGACCUGGGCUUGAAGGAAUACGACUAUUCCUACAAGGACUACAACGAGCCUCUGCCCGAAGGAGAGACUGACGGCUACAUGGGCCCCGCCCUGUCCGCUGUUACAGACGAGGGAGGCGCCUCAGUGAGUGCCGUAAAAGGAGAGAAGGGAGAGCCUGCUGUCCUUGAGCCUGGUAUGUUGAUUGAGGGACCUCCGGGACCAGAGGGACCAGCAGGUCUCCCCGGACCUAAUGGCCCAUCUGGCCCUCCUGGCUCUGUUGGUGAUCCUGGCGAGAGGGGAAUCCCUGGAAAGUCUGGUAUCCCCGGUGCCGAUGGCGUCCCUGGCCCCCCCGGAACGUCUGUCAUGCUGCCCUUCCGUUUUGGAAGCAGUGGAGGAGACAAGGGUCCCAUGGUCUCAGCACAGGAAGCCCAGGCUCAGGCCAUUCUGUCUCAGGCCAGGCUGGCUCUGAAGGGACCACCCGGACCAAUGGGCUACACUGGACGCACAGGACCCCUGGGUACCCCUGGAAGUUCUGGUCUGAAGGGUGAGAGUGGGGAUCCUGGGCCUCAGGGCCCCAGAGGACCACAGGGUUUGAGCGGCCCUCUCGGCAAAUCAGGAAGAAGAGGUCGUGCUGGAGCUGAUGGCGCCAGAGGCAUGCCAGGAGAGGGCGGGCCUAAGGGUGACCGUGGUUUCGACGGACUGCCUGGAUUGCCCGGAGACAAAGGACACAGGGGUGAUACUGGAGGAUUGGGACCUCUAGGAGGUCCUGGAGAGGACGGAGAGAGGGGAGACGACGGAGACAUCGGACCGAGAGGACUUCCAGGUGAACCCGGACCUCGUGGUUUGCUCGGGCCUAAAGGUCCGAACGGAAUCCCCGGCCCUCCUGGUGUGCGUGGAAACGACGGUCCCCACGGUCCUAAAGGAAACCUGGGUCCCCAAGGAGAGCCAGGGCCCCCAGGGCAGCAGGGUACCUCAGGAACACAGGGAAUGCCAGGGCCACAGGGAGCCCACGGCCCCCCGGGAGAUAAGGGCCCCACAGGAAAACCUGGUCUGCCAGGAAUGCCCGGAGCCGACGGCCCCCCUGGUCACCCAGGAAAGGAGGGACCUGUUGGCACCAAAGGAAACCAGGGUCCCAACGGUCCUCAGGGAACUAUUGGCUAUCCUGGCCCUCGUGGCAUUAAGGGAACUCAAGGUAUCCGUGGACUGAAGGGUCACAAAGGAGAGAAGGGAGAAGAUGGCUUCCCUGGAAUUAAAGGAGACUUUGGUGUCAAGGGGGAGAGAGGAGAGGGUGGAGUGCCCGGCCCCAGAGGAGAGGACGGUCCUGAGGGGCCAAAGGGUCGUGUUGGGCCCCCUGGCGAGCUUGGGCCCAUCGGUCUGGUUGGAGAGAAGGGUAAACUUGGUGUUCCUGGACUUCCUGGCUAUCCUGGAAGACUUGGACCUAAGGGCUCCCUCGGUUUCCCAGGAUUCCCUGGAACCAACGGCGAGAAGGGAACAAGGGGUCUGAUUGGAAAGUCUGGACCUAGAGGACAAAGAGGACCAACGGGCCCCAGGGGUCAGAGAGGGCCAAGAGGGUCUACUGGGAAAUCAGGAGCCAAGGGUACAUCAGGAAGUGACGGCCCAUCUGGUCCACUAGGAGAGAGGGGACUGCCCGGACCUCAAGGAGCAAACGGUUUCCCGGGGCCAAAGGGACCUCCCGGACCACCAGGAAAGGAUGGACUGCCCGGACACCCUGGACAGAGAGGAGAAGUUGGAUUCCAAGGAAAGACUGGGCCACCCGGGCCUCCAGGUGUUGUUGGCCCUCAGGGUUCCUCAGGAGAGACUGGCCCUCUGGGCGAGCGCGGUCACCCCGGGCCUCCAGGACCACCAGGCGAGCAGGGACUCUCCGGACCAUCUGGCAAGGAGGGAACGAAGGGAGACCCUGGUCCCCCAGGCGGCCCCGGGAAAGACGGGCCCUCAGGACUGAGAGGCUUCCCUGGAGAGAGAGGAAUGCCUGGCACCCCGGGAGGUGGCGGACUGAAAGGAAGUGAAGGCCCAGCAGGACCUCCCGGAACAGCUGGAUCCCCAGGUGAGAGAGGACAGGCAGGCAGCGGAGGUCCCAUCGGACCCCCAGGAAGACCCGGCCCCCAGGGGCCUCCAGGACCAUCAGGAGAGAAGGGAGUGCCUGGUGAGAAAGGUCCGAUUGGCCCGGCUGGGCGUGACGGUGUCCAGGGCCCAGUGGGUCUGCCAGGUGCAGCCGGAUCCAUCGGAGUUCCAGGAGAGGACGGAGACAAGGGUGAGGUUGGAGAGCACGGCCAGAAGGGAGCAAAGGGCGGCAAAGGAGAGCAUGGUCCUCCUGGUCCACCAGGGCCAAUGGGUCCACUCGGUCAACCCGGCGCUGCUGGAGCUGAUGGAGAACUAGGAGCCAGAGGUCAGCAGGGGCCAUUUGGAGCCAAGGGAGAUGAAGGAACCAGAGGAUUCCCAGGGGCCCCAGGUCCUAUUGGACUGCAGGGAUUGCCAGGCCCAUCAGGAGAGAAGGGAGAGACUGGAGAUGUCGGACCAAUGGGUCCACCUGGCCCCCCAGGACCCCGUGGCCCUGCUGGUCCCAGCGGUGCUGACGGUCCUCAAGGUCCUCCUGGUGGUCUGGGCAACCCUGGAAACCUGGGAGAUAAGGGAGAGCCUGGUGAAGCUGGACCACCUGGAAUCGGAGGAGAGCCAGGAAAGAAGGGCCCACGUGGAGAGCACGGUGACAAGGGAGAGGCGGGACAACCUGGUGCUUCUGGCCCUGCGGGUGGAAGAGGAGGCCCUGGAGACGACGGACCCAAAGGAAACCCUGGCCCUGUUGGUUUCCCUGGCGACCCCGGUCCCCCUGGUGAACUAGGUCCCAGAGGUCAAGAUGGAGCAAAGGGAGAGAGGGGAGAGGACGGCGAACAAGGACAAGCUGGAUCUCCAGGACCCACGGGUGAGAAUGGACCCCCUGGUGGACCUGGAAAGAGGGGUCUUGCUGGAACGAGGGGGCCAGAGGGACGACAAGGAGAGAAGGGAACUAAGGGAGACCCAGGUGCUAACGGACCUCCAGGAAAGACAGGCCCCGUCGGACCUCAGGGUCAACCAGGGAAACCAGGAACGGAGGGUCUGAGAGGACUCCCUGGAUCAGUGGGCGCACAAGGUUCUCCAGGCCUUGCCGGCCAGAAGGGACCUCCUGGACCACUGGGACCACCAGGCUUGCCAGGACUGCGCGGCGAGGGCGGUGACAAGGGAGAGAAGGGCCACUCGGGUCUGAUCGGUCUGAUUGGGCCCCCCGGAGAGCAGGGAGAGAAGGGAGACAGAGGACUGCCAGGGCCACAGGGGACACACGGGUACAAGGGAGAGACUGGUGUCUCUGGAGGCACUGGGCCUAUCGGUCCUGGUGGCCCUGCUGGCAUGCCUGGUCCCCAAGGUGUCAAGGGAGCUAAGGGUGCUACAGGAGGAGCUGGUCCCAAGGGAGAGAAGGGUGUCUCAGGACCCCCCGGGCCUCCAGGUCCUCCAGGCGACGUCAUCCAGCCGCUGCCCAUCCAAAUCUCCAAGAAGUCCAAGCGCUCCAUCGACGCCAGCCGGAUGCUGUCCGAGACAGACGCAGAGGCGGUCGCAGCCGACGCCACCGGCACAGAGUUCCUGACAGGCAGUGAGGGCAUGGAGGAGAUCUUCGGCUCACUGAACUCGCUGCGACAGGAGAUCGAGACCAUGCGCUUCCCUCUGGGCACCAAGGACAGCCCCGCACGCACCUGCCAGGACCUGAAACUCGGCCAGCCAGAGCUCAAAGACGGAGAGUACUGGAUCGACCCCAACCAGGGUUGCUCUCGCGACUCUCUCAAGGUGUUCUGUAACUUCACGGCCGGUGGGGAGACCUGCCUGUACCCCAGCAAGAGCGUGGACACGGUAAAGCUCAGCUCUUGGACCACGGAGAAACCAGGCUCCUGGUACAGUGAGUUUGCAACUGGCAGCAAGCUCUCGUAUGUGGACUCUAAUGGCGAGCCGAUCGGCGUGGUCCAGUUGGGUUUCCUGCGGCUGCUGAGUGUCCAGGCCCGCCAAAACCUCACCUACCACUGCCACCGCUCCGUGGCCUGGGCCGACCGCACGGCCAAUGACGACCACAAGAGGGCGCUACACUUCCAAGGCGCCAACGAUGAGGACCUCAGCUACGAGACAAGCCCAUACAUCAAGGCCCUGGUCGACGGCUGUUCUUAUCGUAAGGGCUUCGACAGGACGGUAGUGGAGGUGAACACGCCCCAGGUGGAGCAGCUUCCUCUGCGGGACCUCAAGAUCACAGACUUUGGGGAGAGCAACCAGAAAUUUGGCUUUGAAGUGGGACCUGUCUGUUUCCUGGGCUAAAACACCAUGCAGAGAAAUGAGAAACACCUACACGUAUAGAAUAUACACUUACACUGAUGAACACACACACAUACAUACAUAUACACACACACACACACACUUAACAUACCAAUAUACAGUACAUGUCCAGUAAUUUGCAAAUGUAUUUCAUGAUAUCAAGUUCAUUCCCGACCAUUUAUAUAUACACACACACACACACACACACAAAUACUGUUGUGAAACAGACAUGCACUCACUCAAGUACAUGCCCAGGGGAAAACAUCUCCCAAAUAGAAAUGGACGACGAGAGAAAAGUAGAACACAAACAUUCUCACGAAGAGGCGACCAAAGAUCGAUUGCGAGAACGAGAGAUAGAGUUCUGACCGUUUGCAGAAUAAAAGCGUGUUCUUUUCCAACGAACAGCUGGCCCAAAGAGCCGUCUCCUCCUUCCGUGCACACCAGAGCCCACCGUCGCGGACCCCCCUCUCACUCCUCUCUUCUUCCCGCUGUCUCUCUUUCCAGUUGUCUCACCCACUCUACCUCUCUGCAUUGCCUUCCCAACACACUUGUACGUCUUCUGCAACUAAGCCCCGCCCCAUCCUACGCCUCACUUGCUGCCUCACCACAUUAAGGGGAAACCAAUGAAUGAAUAGGAGUUCCACGAAGAGCACAGAGGACCGGAAAACAGCCGAGCCUGUAGCCAACCAGGCCUGACGAAACGGAGACGUCCAUGUUGUCUAGCUAAGUUCAUGGUCUAUUCAUCUCCACAGUGAAAUUCUGUACCAAACAACUAUAUCAGCCUAGUUAUCCUAAAGCUGGUCAAACACACUAGAGGCGGGUGAAUCGAAACUUUACGGUGCUUUGUGGAGUGGAAGCAAAGCGGUGAGAUCUCUAGUUUUAUCGCGGCUUUAACCUAAGAUGUGACUAUGAACAUCUCUUUGCUCAGUACUGUAAUAAUAAAGUCCUAACAGCAAUGUACUGUCUCUGAACUGUAUGGCUGUUUAUUAUUGGGCCAAUAAUGUUGCAUGCAAUGGGACGGAAGGGUGUCUUUGCCUUCUCCAAGGACCAAUGAAUCAAAAGCCAUUAACCUUGUAAAUUGGUCAAUUGUACUGAACGUGAUGUUUGGUACAUGUAUUUUUAAUCCCUGUUACAACUGUCAUACACAGGCCAGAACUGUCGUACCGAGACCAGCGAAUAGGCCAGAAUGCCAUCAAACCAGUCCAGUAUUUACAGGUGUGAUGCCUGGAAUUUGAUUCUUGUUUUAUGUAGAACACAGGGUUUCAUACCAGGAUUUGUGACAUUCCGUCUCUUUUCAAGCAGGGAAGGUAUCAGGGUUAAAUAUGUGUAUGAGCUUAAUAGAUGACGGCCAAAAGUUUCUCUCGUACAACAGUGAAUAAAUGCAUGCUUUCAAAAACUGUGGCAAGGUGCUAAUUAUACCAAAGCGUUAAUAUAUUCAGCGUGAAUAAUUCAAGUUUUGUCUCCAUCACAGCCACAUGAUGCUGUCACCAGUUCUCCUACUGGAAAUGUGCAUUAGAAUCCAUUUGUACAGACAUAGUGAAAUUCUAUUGUAUUUAUUGAAAUCAAACAAGGUGCUUCAAACAACGACAAGCCAAAUAUGCCAGUCGAAUGUGGUAUUUCAUUUUGUAUUUAUUUCCUGUAGUUCUCACUUGAUGGUUAAAACAAUUAAAUACAUAUUAAACAAAACAUUAACCCGAGUUAUCUGUGCGCACCCCAUUGGUCUAUGCAUGUCAACAGUUCUGGUGAAAAAGAAAACCAGUCAUUUGUGGCCAUAUCUCAUUGUAAACCCUUUAGUAAUCAACUGUACUGUGCUGUUACAUUUCAUUGCGGUUUGCCAAUGCUGAGCUGCGCUGUGCUGCAGGAGUAUGGCGUGAGCGACAAACAGACACCGGGAUUCUAUGGUUGUGAGAACACAGUGGGCAGGGGACAGCAAGCGGGAGGGAGGGAGGGAUAAUUCUAGCCACCACCUGGGGAAGAAUUAUUACGAUUUUGUUUAUAAGUAAGUAAUAUGGCUAUGGGGUUGGUUUUUCUUUUGAUAUUGCAGAGAAGGGGGUGGGGGUUGACCUAACUAAACCAGAGGUGAAAAAUAAUUACCUUGUGAUUUCGAGUGAAAAUCGCAUCUGUUGGUUAGUUUUAUUGUUAAAGACAAAUGUUUCAACAAAACAUGGUGCUGAAAAGAGAAAGUAUUUUAUGUAAGUAUUUUUUUUUUUAAAUGUUUGUUUCUGUAAUAUAUAAUCUUUUUAAAAAGA